AUGAGUAAACCAUCUGAAGCAUCUGCAAAAAAAGUCGCUUGCUUUGAGCCUCGCGAACAAAAAAUGGAUGCACAAAAAGCAAAUGGCUCUGUUGAUCUUGAUAAAAUGGCUCCAGAAGAUAUGACAUCAAAAGAAUAUUAUCUUGAUUCAUCAGCUCAUUUUGCUGUUCAUGAAGAAUUAUUAAAAGAUGAUAUUCGUACAAAAACAUUUCGCAAUGCAAUUAUUAAUAAUCGACAUUUAUUUAAAGACAAAAUUGUAUUAGAUAUUGGUUGUGGUGUUGGAAUAUUUAGUUUAUUUGCUGCUAAAGCCGGUGCCAAAAUGGUUAUUGCUGUAGAAAAAUCGAAUGUAAUUGAAUAUGCAAAAAGAAUUAUUCGUGCUAAUCGAUAUGAUAAAAUUAUCAAAUUUGUUAAAGGUAAAGUUGAAGACGUCGAAUUGCCUGAAGGUGUGAAACAAGUUGAUGUUAUUAUUGCUGAAUGGAUGGGUUAUUCAUUAUUUUAUGAUUCAAAUAUUCAAAGUGUGAUUUAUGCAAGAGAUAAAUAUCUAAAACCUGAUGGUAUUAUGUUUCCUGAUCGUGCAACGCUGUACAUGGUUGGUAUUGAAGAUCGUGAUUAUAAAGAAGACAAAGUAGAAUGGUGGUCCAACGUUCAUGGUUAUAAUAUGAGUUGUGUGAAGAAUUAUGUCAUGCGUGAACCUUUAGUUGAUACAGUUGACAAACGGCAACUUUGUACAGAUCAUUUUCCGCUUAAAGCAUUUGAUCUGAAAACAAUGACUAUCAAUGAUAUUGAUGUUGAUGCAAAAUUUCGACUUACUGCUUUACGUGAUGAUUAUAUUCAUGCAUUUGUUAUUUAUUUUGUCGCUGAAUUUACCGCGUGUCCACAACGAACAGUAAUUAGUACUGCACCUGGUGCUGGUUAUACGCAUUGGAAACAGACUGUUUUUUACUUUCCUGAUUAUGUUACCAUAAAAUGCAACGAAGUAUUGGAAGGAACAUAUUAUUGCAAAGUUAAUCUCGAAAAUACGAAAAAACUUUCAUUUGGCAUUGAUUUUCAAUUUAAUGGUCAACUAUCAUCUUUACAAAGUAACAAUCAAUACUUUAUGAAAGCUGUGAAACGUCCCGGUGGGGGUUCAAUGGCUCCUGAAGAUAUUGAUCCUUGUUUAUGUACACAUGUUAUAUAUGCGUUUUCGGAAAUGGAUAAUAAUCAAUUGAUGCCAAUGGAAAAACAUGAUUUGAAAGAUGGCAGUCAACCAGGCUUUUUCGAACGUUUCAAUGCUUGGAAAAGUGUUAAUAAAAAUCUGAAAACUCUACUUGCUGUCGGCGGUUGGGAUAUGGGAAUGAAAGAUUUUGCAGGUAUUGUUAAAUCUGAAAAGACUAUGAAAAAAUUCGCUGAAUCAGCUAUCAAAUAUUUACGAAAACACAAAUUCGAUGGUCUUGAUCUUGAUUUUGAAUAUCCUGGAGUUGAUUGGAGAGAUAGUCCAAAGGAAGAUAAACAAAAAUUUACUAAAAUGUGUGAAAUUUUAUAUGCAACAUUUGAAAAAGAAGCCGAAGCUAGUGGUAAUGAACGUCUUCUUCUGACUGCUGCUGUUGCAGCUGCAAAAGUUAAUAUUGAUAAAGCAUACGAAGUCGAUAAGCUUGUUCCAGUCAUGGAUUGGUUUAAUUUAAUGACUUAUGAUUUUCAUGGAUCAUGGGAUCAAAAUCGUGCUCAUCAUUCAUCACUAAAUAGUAAAGAUGAUGAAAAAGAUGAUACCAUGUAUAUUGAUUUCGCUGUAAAAUAUUUUCAAAAAUUGGGUAUGCCAGCCAGUAAAAUGAUGUUAGGUGUAGGAACAUACGGACGUGGUGAUACACCAGCUAUGCCUUAUACAGGAUUUAAAGGUGAAACUGGCUUUGUUGCAUAUUAUGAAAGUUGCGUUCAAAUUGUUUGUGAAAAAAUGAAGGAAACAUGGGAUGCUAAACAACUUGUUCCAUAUAUUGCUGGACCGUAUAAUCAACCGAAAGCUGGUGUUGAAAAUGUUCGAAGUAUGAAAUAUAAAGCAAAUUAUAUUAAGAAAAAUAAUUUGGGUGGAGCUAUGAUUUGGACAUUGGAUAUGGAUGAUUUUCGUGGUCAAUUUUGUUGUCAAGGAAAGUUUCCUUUAAUUAAAACCAUUAAAGCUGUUUUACAUGGACAAUUGAAGUUGUUACCCAAAGAAAAGAUUUGUUCAACUUGUCCAACAAAAGAAUAUAAAAAUUUUAAGCCUGAAAUUCAACCACAAACAACAGAGAAAACAACGAAAAAACCAAAGAAAUCGAAGCGCGAUGCCGAUGCACCAUCACCUCAAGAUGUGUGUGAAGAAUUAAAAGAUGGCCAAUGGCCUGAUCCAACAGAUUGCAAGAGCUACUAUCUAUGUCGUGGUGUUGGAAGUCAAUGGGGGGAACAAAAACGUGAAGUUUGCUAUACUGGUGCUUAUUUUGAUCCCAAUGAAAAGACAUGCAAAUGGGUUGGCAUGGAUAAGCUUAAUUGCGAAGAACUUGUCGAAGGUUAUGAAAACCCUGUCGCUGGUGUUACACGAUCAACCGAUGAAGCAGGUGAUAAUGCUGAUGACGAUGAUGACGGAGGAGACGAUGAUGAUGGUCCAAGUGAUGGUGCGGCGUCAAAAAAGAAAAAAACAAAAUCACCACCAACAAAAUCAAUAUCAAUAUUAAGUCGAACAACAUCCGAAUUCGAUACAUGUACAGUAGAAAAACCAGUUGAAUUCGAUCCUGUACAAGGAAAACUACUACAGUUCAGUCGUGGUUGCUCAAUGCCUCCGCCAUCGGCGGGCAAUCUUACUCAACAAGCACAGUGUUUAUCAAGCAAAGCAGAAGGCAAAACUAUAUGCGUGAAAUAUUGCCAAACCAGUCUUUGCAAUAUCCAGGACAUAAGUUUCAAUGCGGAUGGCGACAUGGAUAUAACAUCAUUAAUUAUUAUUAUAUGUGUAGUUGUUCCAGCUUUACUAGCUGUUAGCAUUUGUGUGAUUAUAUUCUAUUCGAAUUGUGGUAACGACCGAAAGUUUCAUGGUCAAAGAAGGUCAUCUUUUGAAUAUGAUCAUUCGCAUGAACGAAUACCUCACGACAAUUAUAUAACUGGUUUUCCACGUUCUUAUCGGUAUCCACAACCGCAAAAUCGUUUACGUGAACCUCCGCCUACAUUUGAAGAAACCUCACCAUCCUACGAAAGUUCUGUUAUUCAAAUAGGGCGCCAACAACGGUCGGUAUUUUCACCUAUAUGUACAAUACCAGUAACAACGCACUACGAACAAUCGUCACCGUCUAUGACAUCGUCUAUCUAUUCAACGAUGCCUCCGUCUUAUGCUGAAAUAUUUUUAACGCCAUAUACAUUAACAAAUCAAUAA